UGUUUGGGUUUUUACAUGCAGCGGCAUCCCUGUUAAAUUUUGUGUUUGUCGGGGAAUUUAGUGCAACAUAUCUGAAAAUUGCCUUUCCUCUCUGGGCAGGGUGUUUUGUUUGCUUUAUACCACGAGAGAACCAAACAAAUGACAAAUCAAACCUCCAUGGAUACUGCAAAAUCUACGGCGUAUGUUGAAGACUACUUGGACUGUAUCGAAUCUCUGCCCAACGACUUGCAGCGGAAUGUUUCUCAAAUGCGGGAAGUGGACAGUUUGUACCAAUCUGUACUCAAAGAGAUUCAACAGCACUACAAGACUCUGGGUGACAAGGAUCUAGAUGGAAACUCCAGGCGUCGAUGUUUGGUCCAAAUGCAGUGCGCCCUCGUGCGUAGCCAAGAACUUGGUGAUGAGAAACUGCACCUCGCCUCACAGAUUGUGGAGUUGACAGAGAAUCGGCUGAGGCAGAUGGAGACAAACUCCGAGAGCUUGAUCAUCCGGGAGAGAGUCGAGCAGCGCACACAAGAGACCAGCAAAGUCAACAUCAAGUCGAGCUACACCAAACCUGGUUACGUUAAACCAGGUUACAACAAACCAGGUUACAACAAGCAAGGCUACAAUAAACCGGGAUACGGCAAACCUGGUUAUGGUAAACCUGGUUACGGGAAGGUGGCAGCUUAUAACAAGGUCGCUAAGAAGGUUGUGGAGAACAACCAGGAGAAGGCGAUGAAGAGGCCAAGGAGGCAGCGUAACCACGACAACGGGAAAGAGAAGGAGAUUGAAGUGCCGACCAACGAAGUCGCCAAACCGGCUAAGAAGAAGAAACGCUCCAAGGUCAAUAAAGCUGAGAGGGUAGCGUCUCCGGUCGAACCUCCAAUCGACCCCAACGAACCUACGUACUGUCUGUGUAACCAAGUGUCCUAUGGUGAAAUGGUUGGAUGCGACAACAAAGAUUGUCCAUUUGAGUGGUUCCACUUUGGUUGUGUUGGACUCACCCUCAAGCCCAAGGGUAGGUGGUACUGCCCAAGAUGUCGACCGGCGCAGGAGGCAAAGAAAAAGUAGCAGAAGGCCUAAAGUAAACUUUAUAGUUAUUUUUUUGUACUAUAUAAAUAAUAAUUAUAAAUUGUACAUAAUGUAAUUUACCUAUUGAAGUACAUUACACAUGUACAUGUACACAGUCCUUAUGUCUUCAGAAUUUUGUCCAAGUUUGACUGAGAAUGCUUCAAAAAACAGCAGAUAACUUUAUUUUUGUCAUUUUCGUAAGUUUAUUUUUAAACAACAUUAGUCCUUGAAACUGGGUAAUAAUCACACCCCACUUAAAAGAAGUCUGUUUCGUUUAUUCACAUUAGUUAAAAUACAAAGGCAACUUAAAAAAAAUUAAUAAUGUUUUCCAACAAUGAAUUAUUUCUUUAUAUUUAUGUUCUUUUUUCAGUUUAUUUUUGGGGAUUUUCUUUUCUCAUUCAGAAAAAUUUAUUCAAAUCUUCUCCAAUGCUUAGUUAUUAAAUUGUUGGAAAACUAGUCUGUGAAAGUUGUCUUUCAUAUACAUGAAUUAUGAAUUGCACAAAAAUAAUUUUAAAAAGGCUGUCAAACAGUAUGCUCAGUUUUGCUGGUUCAAAUUAGAGUAGCUUCAAGUUAAAUGUCGCCCUCUUGUGACAGUUGCAUUUUGUUUUCUGCCAGAACACAUUCAUUCAAUAUUGUGUACACAGCAGUGUUGACAGUGCUCCUUUGGUGCAGUGCUGGCAUUUUCGCUGGACAGUGUUGUCCUUUCACAUAAGGUUCAUUUAGUAACAUUUUGCAAUCAUGCUCAAAUUAAGCAAUGGACCCAUGUUAAAUUGCUGUUGUGUGAAAGGGCUUUAUGUUAAGAAUAAGAUAUUCUUGGUUCUUCUAUUGUAUAAGAAAUUUAUAAUAAUUUACGAUGUUGGCUUCUCAUUAAGUGCAGGCACAAGCUUUUGAAAAUUACUGAUUUUGUCCUUGGAUAAAAAAUAAAAAAACAUACUCCAGUAAUUUUUACACAGUGAUUAAAUAGUAAUCGGUUAAAGCAAAGCACAUCCUGACUCAAUCAAAGUUUCAACAGGUAUUAUCAUUUUGUUUGUUUAUUUUUGUAUGACCAUUAAUUGUUCAACUACAGACAGGUAUAAAAUAAUACAGAUAUUUGGCAAAUACUUUCAUUACAGUGGGCAGUUCAAAGUGUUCAACAUAUUUAGAGACCACCACCCCCCACCCCACACCAAAGU